UGGAUCACAGAGGGAGGAAAAAUGACUCUAUCCCAGCAGCAAAUGUGGCCUCUGUUCUCUCACUACCACCACUGGAGUCUCAGGAGCACCAUGUCUCCUCACCAGCCUUCAUGUAUGAGCCCCAGCCAGGUCGAGCCCUUAGCACUGGAAACCUCUCCCCUGCUCCCACUCCUCUGUCCAUGGUGGAGCUCCCUCACCUCGUGGCAGAGGUGGGUCCUGAGCUGGCCAUGGGGGAGUCACUGUGGAUGGAGGGACCUUGUCUGAUCGCUUCAGCGCUGGGGACUGAUAUCCCUGUCAAAGCUACUCAGGUGUCAUUUGAGGAAUCUGCUCUGGACAGCAUUACAGAUCAUGGAGACGUGUCCCAGGUAAAGAUGGCUGAUCAAGACAAGGAGACAGAAGACAGAAAAUAUGUCAAGCACAGAGAGCCUCUGACUGGCACAGAGGUGGUGGAAAUCUUUGCAAAGAAAAGACAUCUGGGAAAGCUUCAGUUUUUCCACUUGCAAGCUGUGAACAAUGGCCCAUUCAGACCGUAUGACCUUCGUGUGGUCCCCCCCAAUAGAGCAGGCACUGAGCACUUCAUCUUCUCCCCCUCCGCUGUGCUGCAUGUGCAGGAUGGAUGCAGUGCUGGGCUCCUUUCUCUGGCAGAGUGGCAUCGGGAGGCCAUACUGUGGAGAGCCUUGCAGGAUAUCCCAUUUUUCAGGGACUAUUUACUUCGUAAGGCAUUCAUCAGGUGGCAUAGAAGUGUGUGUAAGAUCACUCUGCAGAGGAAGGGUGAAGUACUGCAGGGCCUGCUACUCAUGGCUGUACCCCAGUUCAGAGACGCUCUCUUUCAAUUCUCCAGACUGAUUGAAGAACUGAAAGGGGUUCAUUGGUUGCCACAGGAUGAAUGCAAGACCUACACCCUUCUGGACUUCCAGAAUGCCCUCAUGAAAAAGAACCAGGAGUGCCGCAGGCUUCUUGAGAUAUUCUUGCAGUAUCGUGCUCUCAUCCUCAACAUGGUCCAGGAGGACAGCUAUGGGGCUCACCAGGAGCUGCAGUUACGUGUUGAACGCUCCCAGCUUAGCCAGCGCAGCCAGCCCCUGUACCUCCAGCUGGCUCAUCUGAGGGACCUGAGGAAGGAGCUGGGCCAGGCAGAGUACGUCCUGCAGCAACUGGGAAAUAUGGCCGCCCUGGCCGAUCAUAUGAUCGUGCAGGGUAUCGUCACAAUCGCCCACCGAGAGGUCACUUCUUUCCUCAACAACGUCAUGAAGAGAGUGCAGCCACAGCAGGGGAGUCUGUUCCAAGCAGAGCUGAUAUUCGGAGCAGACGGUCAGCCAACUCUGUUCCCACCCAUGCACUUGUUCCAGGAGGUGCUGCAAGGGGCACUGCUGUCAGUCGCAAACUCUGCCCUUCAGGUAUUUGACACUUGUAGUUACUGUCUUGAUGCCAAGGAGAGUGUGUCUGCCAGCACCUCCCUCACCAGUGCUGCUCAGGAGCUAAGCCCUGACCUGAGCCUGGCCUGUACCAGUGGAACUAAUUGUAUCACAGCUUUUGGGGAGAAGGACAGUGAGCCGACUGGUGUCAGCAGCUUCUCCUCCAAGCGGGAGCCUCAUUGUGUUCUAUCAGCUCCCAGGCUGGUGCUGCCCAAGCUGACCCCUCUGAUGGUCCAGGGCCAGAGGCUGAGAGGGCAGUACUACCCCCUGUCCAGUAAACAGCUGGAAUGGCAGCUCAGCCUCAAUGCUGGGGCUAAGGAGGUCCAGAGAGAGCAAGCCAGGAUCUCACAGGAGGCUGGGCUUGAGAUCCAGCAGCUGUGUGAGGGACUCUCCUGGUUGGUUGACAUUCAUCUGUUUACCAGCCAAUGGAGUCCAGCUUCUCUGGAGACCAUGAGGGGCAUGCCUGCCUUACGCUACGAGGAGCACAUUCAGAAGGUGCGCUUCUGGACUGACAGGGUGCGCACAGUGCCCCCCUCUCUCACUACCUCCAACAAGCUGCUCAUCGUCAUCUGCUCCCAAAUCCAGGAGAAGAUAGGGCCUCUGUUGAACUCCAUAGAGGAGGAUGUGUUGACUCUGUUGAAUGAGGAGCUGAAGCUGCGCUCAGAGAACUUGAUAUUAGAACUGAAGAGAGCUGUGGAAGGUCUUAGGGUCGAACCCACAGAUUUCAACGACUUCACCCACUAUGCCAGCAUGGUGAAACGCUGUGCGAAAAUGUCUGAUGACAUGCAACAUCAACUAGAGUACCUACACUCUCUCCAGGAAACCGUUCGAACCAACUACAGACAGAUGACACCAGAUGAGCUGUUAUUGGAGGAACAGAUGCUGGACCUGUGGGACAUUUUUGUUCCUCUCCUGAAGCAGGGAGCAGAUACAGUGUGCCAGCGUCUUCCCUCCAUGGCUGACACCCUGGACAACACCUUCUCCUCCCUGGCCCACGACCUGGACGAGAUGGUGACCAAAGCCACCUCUGGACCAUAUCUGGACCCCACUCAGAAUGCUGCUCAGAUGCUCAACAAGCUCAAGAUCAUGUGCAGACAGGUGUAUGCUGUCUCUGCUCGCCUGACAGAGCUCAGCAGGACAAGUAAAAGUCUCAGAGGAAACCCUCUGGAUUUAACUUUUGUAACCACAGCCAAGCAGAAGAUGGAAGCUCGCAAAGGACUGUGGGAACUGAUGACUGUAUCCACCUCCCAGAUCCAAGAGUGGAGGCUGCUGCUCUUCAGCAAGUUUGUUGUGUCGAGAGCCCAGGAGAAGGUGGAUGAGUGGCUGCAGCAGGCGGUAUCCCUGGCCAGGACCAUCCCUUCCCGAGAUGCUGUGCUGCAGGAGACCCUGGGGAUCCUUGAGCGUUUCAACCAGCAGCUCCCUGUGCUGGCCAAACUCAGCAGCCCCACACUCAAACACAAACACUGGAGGAACAUCUUCAAAGGUAUGGGGUUACUUUAUGCACCAGAGUGGAACCUCACUGUAGCUGACCUGAUGUCCAAGAAGCUGAGAGAACACCAGAAUAAAAUCAGCAAGAUUUGCCAGGAGGCUAAGGCAGAGGCGGACAUGGAGCAGGCCUUCAGGAAGCUUCAGAGACGCUGGGAGGGGACACUGUUCCGACUGGCCAAGUUCAUCGUUACUGUUUGGCAGGAAGAUAAACCACAGCUUGGUGCCACACGGAGAAAGAAGCCCACUAAUGACCUGGUCUCAAACUACCAAACACCCAAACAGCACUCUCGUGACAGUGGCACCUUCACCAUCAUUGGUCUGGAGACACUCCUGGCUCAGACACAGGACAGUGUAAUGACUCUGUCCAACAUGCUGCUCUCUCCUCACGUUGCUGAGUUCAGGCUGGAGGUGGAACACUGGGUGCAGCUGUUGCAAGAACUGGAGGAACUGCUUGAUUUCUUUGAAAGGUACCAGCAGAAGUGGGUCUUCCUUAGCAAAAUGUUCUACGAGACAACGGUCAGUGUUCAGAAGGCAGAACUGUUGAACAGGUUCCUUCCUGUGGAUAAGACUUUCAAGGAGAUUAUCCAAACUACACUAAGGGACCCCCACGUGCUGAACAUUGUGCGGCUCAGGAAGACAACAGAGUUGACUUGCUGCUUCCAUGGACACAGCCUCCAUGUUCUCCUCAUAGAGGGUCUGUCCACCAUGGAGGGUAUCUCUAACCAGCUGCUGUACCUCCUGGGCUCUCCCCGCAGGGAGUUCCCUCGCCUCUGCUUCCUGAGCGAUGGGGAGGUGAUCAAACUCCUCUCUCUGCACCCCACGCCCUCCGCUCUGCUCCCUCUGGUGCGUAAGUGUUUCCGAGGGGUGCGCUGGCUGGAGGUGGACAGCAAAACUGACAUGCCCUCUGAUGUGACAGAUCUGAGCAGUGGCUUAGAUCUCUCUGACUCCCAGAUGUGUGUACGAGGGGUGUAUGGUAGUGUCAGGGAGCACGUGCCCUUCCUCUGCCCCCUGGAGCCAAACCUCAACCCCCUGGUGUGGCUAUGUCUCCUGGAGCUGCAGCUUCAACAGGCCAUGAAGCAACUCAUGAAGCAGUGUGCUGUGGCACGACAACAGUUCGAGCUAAAGGAAGAGGGUAAAGAAGCAAAAGGAGUGAACGAUUUGCCUUCGAUGUGGAGUAUACUCUCUGACUACCCACUGCAAUGCCUGUUAGUGGCUGAAGAGGCUUUAUGGUGCAGUGAAGUUCGGACGGCUUACAAGGCCUCAGCUCCGGUCAAGUGGCCCCGCAUCAAGGCACAAAAUGCUUCCAAACUCCAGAGCUUGUGCCAAGCCAUACAAGACGGCAUCACGGGUGAUAUUGACAAAUCAAUGACCACCCAGCGCAUGGUGACAGUGCUGCAUGCUCUGGUGCUACUCACCAUGAACCACUCGCAACAGUUAUCUAGGCUCAUGGAGGUAAAGUGUGACCUCGAGUCGUCUUUUGAGUGGCAGAGUUUGAUGAAGUACCAUCUGAUUACAGACACUCAGAAUGAGUCAACAACCCAAGAGGGACACCAUGAUUUGUGCUAUGUUGAAAUCUUGGGUACCCAGCUGCCCUAUGGUUACGAAUACCUUGGCCCAGAACACUGGAUAUUAGUAAACACCCCCUCCACAGAUAGAGCAAUACUGGGUAUCCUCUUGGCUCUGACCAGCUACAGGUGUGGCUUUGUAAGUGGACCUUGCAUGUCUGGAAAGAGGAAGACUGUGGUUCAGUUAGGAAGAGCACUGGGACGUCAGGUCAUCUCCUUACAGUGUUGUGUCAAUAUGAGUCCCUCUGUCGUCCAGCAGAUGCUGUUUGGUGCCCUUCAGACCGGGGCCUGGCUGGUCCUGGACUGUGUAGACCUGAUGACCCAGGGAGUGCUUUCCCAACUAGGGCAGCAUCUUUCAGACAUUCACCAAUCCCUGUCCAUCCUGCAGAGAAAUACUCAGCAGAAAGGCUUUGAGACCCAUACCAAGCCUUUAUCCAGUUUCUCCAACCCAAACGGAGAUGGUACAUGCAGGAAGUCUAAUGAGCUUGAGUGCCAGAUGUCUUUUUCUGGGGAAAACAUAUUUGCCAAACUGAGCUAUGGCUGUGUAAUCAUUUCAUCACGAGGAUACACAACAGAGGUCCCAGAGAAUCUGCGAGUGGCGACCAGGCCAAUUUCAUUGGCCCACCCUGACUACAGGAUCAUCACAGAGGUCAUGCUAGUCUCCCUGGGCUUCUCAGAUGCUGUGUCUAUAAGUCGACGGCUGAUCUCCCUUUUUAGCCUGGCCAAAGACUCCCUCUGUCUCCCUGAUUCUGUCAGUGGUGAGCAGACAUCCUGGAUGGUUCUUCUCAGAAACGUCAUUGCUGCCUCUGGGACACAUCUUCGCAGCAACAGCCGGCUGGAUGUGCAUAUGGAGAAAGUGUUGAGGGAGGAACCUGACGCUCCUAGGCUUCCUCUGGAUGGGAUCCUCAACCCCCCUGAGACAGAUGGAGGAGACAAAUGUCCUCAGUCUACCCACUACAAGAGUGCCAACCAGUCUGCUGCCCUCAUGCAAGCUGUGUUGGAGGAGCAGGCUGUUGUCAACAGUGUUUUGUCAAUCCUACUAUCGGCUAUCUUUGAGCAGAAGAAAGCCUCACAGUUCCGCACCAUAUUUGAAGAGAUCUUUCCAGUGGCGCGCUCCCACCCUAUUCUCCAACAGUACAUUGAGGAGGAAGGGGAACAGAACAUCCUGAAGACAGCAGUUACAGAGGAGCUGCAACAAACGGGUUUCCAUGCUGAUACCAAAGUGCUGCGCAAUGCACUCACCCUCUAUCAGGCUAUGAAGCUCUCCAGAGCAGUUCUUCUGGUUGGCCCUGCUGGGAGUGGAAAGACAACCUGCUACCGUUCCCUGGCCGGAGCACUGCGUAGACUGGCAGCUAGGGCAGAGGAGGCCGAAUUUGAUGAGGAUCUCACCUGUGAAGGAGAUGGUAUGGAAACUGAUUACCAGUCCUCUACUUCAAACUGGAGCUCUGUUGACACCGUGGUCUUAUUCCCCAAUGCUUUGUCCCACGAGGAGCUCUUUGGGGGCUGCUAUGAACAGCAGGGGUCCUGGUGGGAUGGUGCUUUCACAAAAGUACUGAGAGGCUCAGAGCAGCAUGACUUGUCAGACACCACCACCUCUAAAAAGAAGAAGACGGGGGGUCAGACGAGGAAGGGGAAGUGGCUGGUGAUGGAUGGAGAGCCGUUGGGGCAGCCUGGUUGGUUGGACUCCUUCAGCACCCUCUGCAAUCCUGAGGAUCCCUUCCUGUGCCUCUCCUCAGGAGAGAAGGUUCGGCCAUCCCACAAGGAGCUGAAACUAUUGGCAGAGGUCACAGACCUGGGAGAUGCAGCCCCUUCUGCAGUGACCCGCUGCAACCUGGUAUAUCUCUCUGGGAAGGACCUGUGGAAGGCUAUGUGGAAGGUCGAAAUGGAUGCUCUCUACAGAGAGCACAGUCUGGAUCAGGGGACCCUGAAGAUGUGGAACCGUUUGGCUGAGGACCUUUUCUCCAACACACUCACUUUCAUUAGGCACAAGGCCCUCACACCUGUCAUGCACAGCGAGGGAGAUGGAUCCAGUAAAUUCAGUAAAGGCAUCACUUAUGGACUGCAAGAAGUUAAUUCAUUCAUUAGGAUUCUACAUGCCCUCCUGGAGCAGUUUGGGAAAGGACGGGGGUUAAAAGCUACACCAAGGAUGACAGACAAAAGAGAUGCCCUGAUCCCUUCAACUCAGCAAGAGAUUCAAGCCAGGAACCUCUUUCUAGUGGCUUAUAUCUGGGGCUUUGGCGGACACCUGCAUCCCAGACACUGGCCCCAGUUUGACCUGCUAGCUCGUGAGGCGCUAUUUGAGAGCCGGUACAGAGUGGAGGUUCCCUCUGAGGGGACGGUCUUUGAACACUUUUUUAACAUGAGUGAGGGGAUGAUGGGAGACACUAGCAACCCCAUCAACUGUUCCAGGAGCAAGAGCCCACAGAUGGUCUACACAACUGUCCCCCAGUAUGAGAAAUAUGCCUACCUGCUGGACCUGAUGUUGGAGGCCAAACAGCCAGCGAUGCUGGCGGGAGAGGCAGGCUCAGGGAAGACCAUGCUGUGUCAUUCUCUAUUAAGUCAGGACAGGGCACACAUCCGCCUGCCUGCCAGCCCACGCCUGAGAUCCACUGACCUGCGCAACGUGCUGGAGAGCAUGGGCUGCCAGAAGACCCGGCUAGGAACCAUGGGUACUAUGAUCAAACAGCCUGGACUGCUCCUGUUUGUGGAUGACCUCCAUGAAGCUCCCUGUGAUGCUUUUGGAAAGACGUCCAUGGCUCUGGAGACACUGCGGCAGUGCAUUUCUCGGGGCGGCGUUCUAACUUCAGAUGGUUAUCAUUUCAAGCUGUUUAGUUCCGGAGCUAUCAGCUACUUGGGUACCUGCCGCACAUCAGGAAUGGGCAACCAGUCAGAUUGCAAUCGGAUCUCCUCCCGCCUCUCCCGUCACUUCUCCAUCUUGGUGCUGCCCAGCUUGUCUGUAGAUGUUUUAUUCUCCAUCCACUCUCCACAGCUACAGAACUGGCUCAAAGAGUUCCCAUGCAUGCCCAGAUACAUGGAUAUGGCACGAUGUAUCAUCACUGCAACCUUAGACCUGUAUUAUGCCGUGUGUGAGCAGUUCCAACCCAACGUCCACAGGCCACACUUCCUCUUCUCCAUGCAUGACCUGCAGAAGGUGUUUCAUGGCAUAUGCUUAUGGCCACCGCGCAACUCUAACAGACAAUCACUCCAGAAGAAGAUUAGCCUCAGGGUUCUUCACUCUUCCUCUGCCCUUCCUUGCUUUGCUCCAGCCACACUGGGCCCUGCAGCGAACAUGCUCAACAUAGCUCGUUUGUGGAUGCAUGAGUGUCUGCGCACAUUUGGAGACCGGCUGUGCUCAGAGGAUGAGGGCCAAGCGCUGGUGUCACUGAUGGCCAAGGUGUCAGAGAAACACUACAGCAGCAGGAUGACAGUUAAACCCCAGACUGCAAGAGCAGAGGACACCCCAUGUGCUGCAUCAACUAGGCCUAGCACACAUAUACCCCCUUCUACACCAACAGACUACCAGAAGUCAAGCCAUCAGCGACCAUCCACUCCAAAUCAGCCUGCCAUGUCCCCAUUGCUUAUUAAGGCUGAAACACACACAGAACAGGAGGAGCAAGCAGAGUUUUCUGACAGGGUGAGCAGCUCAGACUCCAGCUCAUGGGGCAGUAGUGAGGAUGAUUUAUUUGGUGAGAUCUACCCCCCAAAACAAGAAAAUUACAAGAAAAAGCAUGUGAAGAAACCCCUCAAGAAAGAUGUCUCUCUUUUUCAACCGACACAGCUCAUAUCGAGUUCACAUCAAGCACUGGAUCCCUCUCCUCCAAAAGGACCUAAACCAGUCAAUCAGUCAGACUGGAAGAGGAGCCAUAAGCUGUGUGAACAGACCCCACAGACUGAGCCCAGCCCAGCCAGGCCCCUUGUGCCUUUACAACUCCUGCAGGACAUGGAGACUACUAUUCAACAUGUUGUCUUUAGUGUAGAGCUAUUGGAGCCACUCCCUUCCAUGUCUCAGCAGCACAAUUUCAAACGCAACUCUGCCUACCUGGAAAGAGACCUGGGGUUACUAGUUCAGCAGCUGGCUUUCACAGUCAAAAGCAAAGAGGAGGAGGAAGAAGAGGAGUUUGAUGAUAACUACAGGAGCACCUCUAGUUACACUGUGCACAGGCAGAGGGUAUGUCAGCUGGUGCACGUCCUCAGGGCUCUGCUCAUACCUGGCGGGCAUGGGGCUCUGUUUGGGGCUGUGAGAGGCACAGGCCGAAAGACCACAGUGCGUUUAGCUGCCUAUCUCACUGGCUAUCAGUUGAUAGAGGUACAUCCUGGGAAUGAAAGUCAGUUGCGUGAGAUGCUGCGGGAGGCAGGUGGCCAGGCAGGCGUGCACGGUGGCAAUGUGGUGAUACUUGUCCACGAGGAGACCAGUCAAGCUGCCAGAGAUGAACUGAUAGUGGUGAUGGCUGACGGGACCUUCCCAGGGCUCUACUCUGACGAGGAGCUGAAGAAUCUGGUGCUGAGAAUCAACGCUCUCAUUAAGAACUCACGCAAUCGCCUACGAGAUGACCAGGCCCUUGAGAAGUAUUUCAGACAGAUCCAGAGGAAUGUGCAUGUGUUCCUGCUGCUGGCCUUCUCCCCAGACACCAGUGAGAUGCCUCCUGAGAACGCCUCAGUAACCCUGGCAGUAGCGCACAUGACCAAGGCUCUCAGCCUCUGCUGCUGUGUGGAGGUAUACCAGCCUUGGUCCACCCAGUCCCUUGUUGAGGCAGCCUUUUGUCACCUCAGAGAGAGCCUGCAGAUACCCGACACAGAAAGCAAAGUGGACAGAGAUGUCUUAGUGGGCAGUAUUUCUGAGGCCAUGGCAGGGAUCCACCAGUCUGCCUGUAAAUAUGCCUCCAUCCUCCACCCGGACCUCCAGCCUUUCAGCCCCCAGACAUUUUUGGAGCUGAUCGCUCACUUCUUCCACCUCUGCAGCCACCUCUGUGAACAGGGCCGGGGCCAGGCUAACAGAGUGUCAACAAUCUUGGCCCGUGUGAAAGACAUGACAGACACAGCUGAGCAGAACAGCCAGGAAGUUGUCAGACUGAAGAGGAAGAUUGCAGAAACUCAAAAGUGCUUGUACCCGCUGCAGCGUGUGACAGACACAGAGCGAACGCUGUGUGAGCGUGCCCGGCAGCACUGUCUACUGGAGGAGAACAGACUCUCUCACCUGGAGGAACAGACUCAUCAGGCCCAACAGCAGGCAGAGGACGCCUUCAAGGAGGUGAGUCCUCUGUACCAGACUGCACUUGAUGCUCUUCAGUCUCUGAGCACGUCAGACCUGGUUGAGGUGCGACGCUACAGAUUUCCCCCAGACGGAGUGAUAAUCGUUAUGGAUGCCAUAUGCCUGUUAUUCAACCGCCCACGCAACUGGGAGAGCAGCAAACAGCUGCUGGGACAGUCCAACUUCUUCCAGGAGUUGGAGUUCUUUGACCGCUCCAUGUUGAGCGACGACCUGUUCCGUCAGUUGGGCCAGAUAGUGCCGCAACGAGCAUUCUUACCGGAGUCUGUGCGAGGUGUGAGCCGGGCGUGUGAGUCCCUGUGCCGCUGGGUGAGGGCAGUGUACCAGUAUGCUUGUGUCCAGCGCCACAUGGCCCCCCAGGAGGCCCGGAAGAAACAGCUGGAAGUGCGCAUGGCAGAGAGCCGUGCCCGGCUGCGUGUGGCCAGGCUGCAGGAGGAGGAGGCCCGGGAGCAGCUGGAGGACAUGGAGAGACAGCAGCAGUUCCUCAGACUGGACCUGGAAGAGCUGACCACCCAGCUGCAUAAGGCUGAGACCCUGGAAAGAAAGGCUGCUGCUGCAGUACAGCAGGUCCAGUGUCACAUCACUGACUGGUCCUCUCUUCUGUAGGAGACAGAAAUGAAUAACCAGACCAUAUCAGGGGACGCUCUGCUCCUGGCUGCCACAAUCACCUACCUGGGUCCAUUUUUGCCAGAUGUACGGAUGGUACUAUUGGGGAAGUGGAGAGAGCUGUGUCUGUCUAGACACAUUAACAUCAACCCUGAGGACCCAAGGACCUCUCUACUCCCUAACCCUGCCUCCGUAGCCCCUGGGCCACCUGGGGCCCUUGAGGCCCCUCUCCAUGUCCCCAUCCCUAUGGGAGCAGAGCUGCAGAUGGCCCUGGCUAGGGCUGUAGGGGUGGACCAUCGCCAGGUGCUCGGGGUGCCUCCCAGGCUGGUGCUCAAGCUGCUGCUGUGGGGAUACAGAGGCCCCUGGGCUCAACACUGGCCCCUGCUGGCAGACGCUCAGCAACAUGAGAUGAGUGCCCAGGCCAUGCUGCUGACAGGUGAGGAGGGAGAGUAUGAGCUUGUGGUCAGUGCUGAUGACCCAGACCUACUGGACAAAGUCAGGCAGGGUUCAGAGAAAGGAUUGAGGGUGUUGGUUACCCACGUGGAGCGAGCAGUCCCCAGCCCAGAGUUCCUGGAGGUGUUGAUGCGGCCGGCAGGGAGCCAUUCUCCUGGUCUGAGACGACCUGUUCAGACAGCCCAUCCAGAGUUUUGUCUGUUCCUCAGCACUCCACUACCAGUCAGACUCAUACUCAAUGAGAUCCACCCGUCUAUACUGUCUGAGGUGUAUGUCAUUGACCUCUCUCUGAGCUCCACUGAGGUGCAGGAGCUCAUGUUGACAGAGCUGGUGCAGUCCGAGUGUCUGGAGCUGUGGGUUCAGCACUGUCUCGUCAACACCGACAAGAAGGCACUGCAAGACAAACUGUGCCAGGAAGAGGUCUCUCUAAUGGAAUACAUCCUCCAGUCCUUCACCCCUCUGCUGCAGGACCCGGAGUUCCUCCCCCGGGUGUCAGCCUGUCAGACAGCCUCCCAGAAGCUGCAGGCUGAGAUUAUGGAGCUGAACCUGGAGCUGGAUCGCCACAAGCCCCUCCUGGCUGAUUUCCACAGAGUGGCAGGGCUGGCCACAGCCCUCUACCAGGCCCUGCAGGAGGUGGCACGCCUCUCCCCCUUCUACUUGUUCCCCCUGAGGAACUUCCUGUUUGCUGUGAGGGGGACGUUAGUCCUGAAGGGCCGACCUGAUGUUACCUUUAGUGGAGAGGUAGUGACAGGGGCAGUCAUGGCAGAGAUCACACACAGGAUGGUAUCUCACCUGUUGGCCCAGUACCGGCCCUGCCUGUUCCAGAGCCAUGCAACGCUGCUGAGGCUCCUGGUGUCUGUGGCUCUGUUCCUGCACAACGAGGGCUGCUCGGAGGUGGAGCGGUUGGCAUUCCUCAGGGGCCUAGGAGAUAUGGACCUCCCAGUAGAUGCUUCCACACCAGCCUCACCUCCACCAUCUUCCUCUCCAUCUCAGCAUCAUGUGCUCCCCAGCUGGGUGCCUCCUCACAUCCACACAGAGGUCCUCCGGCUACACAACAUCCCAGCCUUCACAGGGCUGCUCUCAUCCCUGGCCACCUCUCCCAGCCAGUGGCAGGAGUACCUGCGCUUCCCCUCCUCUACAGUGGUGGGGCCUGUCCCCUGUCGCUCUCACUCCCACCUGUCCACUCUGCAGAGGGCUCUCCUCUGGAAGACCAUGCUGCCCCACUGCCUGGCUGCUGUGGCUGAGGACCUGGCUGCCUGUCAUCUGGGCCAGCCCGUGCGGUCAGCGGUAGCUGGGGCCCCUCACACCGGCUCCCCAGAGGCCCUCUCCCGCUUCCUGAACAAACACAAUGGGCCAGUCAUAGUCACACUCCCAGGCCCAAGCAGAGAUGGUUGGGCUAGCAUCCAACCACUUCACUGGCUGAAACAAGUGUCCCAGUACCAAACAGACAAAAGAGCGGUGAAAGUCAUAUCAUUUGGAGCUAAAUGCCAGAAGGAGGUCAUCCUCUCAGCACUGAAGAUAGCUGUUCAUGAUGGCAAUUGGCUGGUCUUUAACAACUGUCAUCUGUUAGACCAAUGGGAUGACGAAGUGGUGUGUCAACUCAAUCAGUUGAUAUCCUGUGCAGCCAAAGAUGUGGAGACAGAGGGCCUCAUUCCAGUUGGGCUGUGUGCAGGUAGUCGGGUCCACCCACGCUUCAGACUUUGGUUUAUCACACGAGGAUACAACCCACUCUCCAUCCCAGCAUCAAUGAGAGUGUGUGCGCUGCGUCUGGUCUGUGACUCUCCUUGGGAUGUGAAGGAGGAGCUGUGCUCUUCUCUGCGUCAGGUUGUGUCUGUCACUUCGUCUGCCCCAACCUCUGGUGUCACAGCCUGCACCAUGGAACCCAUGCUGCGCGCUGCCAUCCUGCACUCUGUCCUGCUGCAACGACAGGCAUACAAACACCUAGGCCAGGGAAACAUCUAUCACUGGACUCAGGAGGACCUGCUGGCGCUGGUGGAUGCUCAAGUCCGUAUCGCCAAAGUCUGUGGCAACCCAACUGGGGCGCUGGAGUACAUAGCAGCCAACCUGGUGUAUGGAGGCCAUGUGGCAGACCUGGCAGACCUGGAGGCAGUGGAGAGUGUGUCUAGGGCCUGUCUCAGAGCAGCACCUCCUCUCUGGGGCAGUGGGCCUCACACUCUCUCCGAUAUCAUCCACAUACCUAGCCGCUGUGACUUAUCAGGCCUGCUGCAAAGUCUGGAGCAACGUGUUCAGGCUUUGGCCAACACCAGCGACCCCUUGGUGUUGGGCUUUAGUGCUGGUUUGGCAGAGGAGCUGGUGAAGGUUCACAGCAACACCCUGAACACCCUGCUUCAAGACUCCCAGAAGCCCUUUGGCAGGGUCAGGAGCACCAACAAGCUGACCCACCCUACUCUGCUGCCAGACUUCACCCAGGCCAGGGACCGACUACUGGCCCUAAAGGAAAGUCUGGGACGCAAGGAUGACAUCAGGGUUGUAAGUGUUGGAGCUCCAUCACUGGGACCCCUACGCUACUUCCUCCAAGCAGAGUGGGACGGACUGGUUGAUGUGGUUUCCUCCCUGCAUUCUGAGCUUCACCAGCCCAUUCGAAACAGCAAGCCUGUCUCCUCUCUCCUGACCAUCUCAAGCCUGUUCCGCUUAGAAAGGAGAGCAGAGCUGCUCAAGGCGUACCUAUGUGAUAAGGCCACCAGUGGUCCUUCCAAUGCAUACCGCCUGUCUGCCUUCUCCAACGCCAGGGGCUUUCUGGGCGCGUUAAUCAGGGAGGCUGCCCAUGCUAAGCAGAGGGACAUCAGCAACAUCUCUCUUCAUUUCCAAGUGCUCAGUGCUGCAACAUCCCCAGCCUCUCUUCCCCUGAGCGGUGUAUAUCUGUGUGGACUAGAACUGAGAGGGGCACUGUGGGAUACGCGGCUAGGAGCCCUGCAGGACACGCUCUCCCCCCAGCCCUGCCUGCUCCCCCUCCUCUGGGUCAGAGCACGGGUGAGGAACACAGACACUGUCCGAGCCCCAGACAGCCCCCCCUGCAACACCUCCUCCCUGCCCCUCUACCACUGUCCUCUCUAUCUGGACGGAGAGCAUGGGGACAGUAGAUACUGGGAACUGGCUGAGAAUAACAUUAUCACUCGUGUCCCUCUAUUGGCAAAGCUAGAUCCUGUGCUAUGUACACUAAGAAGAGUGAGGCUUGUGAGUACCCUGUGAGACUAGACUGCAGAAUUCAAUGCUGCGAUUAUACUGACGCACUUAUUUCUAGACGCAGACAAGGUUU